AUGGCCAAAAACGACUUGGAAUGGCUGGGUUUGCCCCCAAACAAGGUCGAAGAGACGUUGACCAACAAGAAGUUUACCGAAAACUUGGUAAAAAUUGUUGGUCUUGCUAGGCCAUACAACUUGGGUGAGGAGAAAGUCAAUGAGAAGUAUAUUGUGAGUAUUUUUAAGCUUUUUUCUUUUUUGGUUUAGGUCUUGGCAGACAUGAGAAAAACGGUGUUUUCUUUUUGAUCUUGGCCUAAAGGUGAUAGCUCUUCUGCUAAGAUGUGAGCUGAAGCUUUUACUAAGUGGAUUCAAUCAGUCUUUUGACCGAAUCUUGCCUAAUUGUUUUGAUUUGCCUGAUUAUAUUACAAUUGACCCAUUAAACUUUUUUCAGGGCAAUUUCUUCUACACUCUUGGAUCAAAAUUGAAGCCACAAUGGGAGAAGCACCUGCCGAUCAUUGUCAAGUACAUUGCUAACGGUGGGAUUAAGACUGAGCCCCAGUUUGCUGCUGCUGUUGACUUUUUGCUGCACAAUGCGGUCAAGGACUCUGUUGAUGAAGAAGAGUUCAAGAAGGCUUCUGGAGUUGGUGUUGUCUAUACUGUGGAGCAAAUAGAAGACACUGUGAGCAUUUAGAGAAAAUUUUUUGGUAUAAAAGUGUAUUUUAGGUCAGAGCUGUGAUUGAGAAGAACAAGGAGAACUUGCUUUCUCAAAGAUACUCCUUCAAUGUCGGAAAACUGCUGGGUAUGUUAAUUUUGCAUUGUCUUUUCAAUCACUAGGUGAACUAAGAGGUCAAUUGAAGUUUGCGGACAGUGGGUUAGUCAAAAAGGAGUUGGAUCUUCAAGUAUUUGAGCUUCUGGGAAACAAGACAGCUGAUGAGUUGGCUCCAAAACCCAAGAAGAAGGCCGAGAAGGCUCCAGCUAAGCCUGACAAGGCAGUUGAAAGUAAAGCAAAGGCUGUUGAUAAGCCAGCCGUCAAGAAGGAGGAGGAGGAAGGUGCUGAAACGAUGGAAGAACUCUUGAAGAAGAAGGCGUUGUUCCAUAAAGUUGGGGAGAAUUUCAAGACUGAUGGUUAUGUUGUGACUCCAAAAACGAUGGGAUUGCUGAAGGAGCAUGUAAGGAGAGUUGGUGGCAAAGUCCACACUCGUUUCCCUCCAGAGCCUAAUGGAAUUUUGCAUAUUGGGCAUGCCAAGGCCAUCAAUAUCAACUUUGGAUAUGCUAAGGUAAGAGUUUUAACUUUUUUGUGGUUUUCCUAUUUAGGAAGUCGGAAUGGACGUCUAAGAUGUUGGAUAUAGCCCUUUUAGGCCAAUUAUAAUGUAUUUGAUUCUAACAUUAUAUUGGUUUAGGCCCAUGGAGGCAACUGUUAUCUCCGCUUUGACGAUACCAACCCAGAAAAGGAAGAAGAAAAGUAUUUCACCGCAAUCGAAGAAGCCGUUAGAUGGUUGGGUUAUGCCCCAUUCAAAAUUACUCAUUCUUCGGAUUACUUUGAUCAACUUUAUGAAUGGGCGGAGAAGCUGAUCCAGAAAGGCUUGGCGUAUGUUUGCCAUCAAAGAGUCGAAGAUAUCCGAGGAUUUGAAGUCAAAGAGAGCCCAUGGAGAAACAGGAGUGUGGAGGAGAACUUGGCGCUGUUUAGAGUGAGUUUAAUAUGUUUGUUUUUUGAUUUUUCACCUUUAGGAUAUGAAACAUGGCAAGUUUGACGAAGGAACCGCCACUCUUCGACUGAAAUUGACCUUGGAAGAGGGAAAAGUGGACCCAGUGGCGUAUCGAAUCAAGUUCCUUCCCCAUCACAGAACCGGAAACAAGUGGUGCAUCUAUCCGACAUAUGAUUACACCCAUUGUCUAUGUGAUUCGAUCGAGAAUAUUACUCAUUCUUUGUGCACGAAAGAGUUCCAAUCAAGGAGAAGCAGUUAUUAUUGGCUCUGCAAUGCGUUGGACAUCUAUUGCCCGGUUCAGACCGAGUUCAGCAGGUUGAAUUUCGGAUAUACGGUGGUCUCGAAGAGAAAGCUGCUGCAGUUGGUGGACAACGGAGUUGUUAAGUGAGUUUGUAGAGAUUUUUUUCUUUUUGUGGCUUUUAGAAUGAUGGGAAAUGCUGAAGAAGGGUUUAUCCGGUAUUUUCAGCGACUGGGAUGACCCACGACUCUUCACUCUGACCGCCCUACGACGUCGCGGAAUCCCACCCGAAGCGGUCAACAAAUUUGUCGCCAAACUUGGCCUCACUUUUGCCGAAAGUUGUGUGGACCCACCGCUGUUGGACGCCGUUGUAAGAGACCACCUCAAUCAGAUUGCUCCACGAAGAAUGGGCGUCCUAGAACCACUCAAAGUCACCAUCCAAAACUUUGACGAACUCAAUCUCCCAUCAACUUUGACCGCCCCCGAUUUCCCCGGAGAGGAAAAGUCGAGCACGCAUGAAAUCUCGGUGGACAGAGUGAUUUACAUCGAACAGAGUGAUUAUCGACCGGAAGCAGACAAGCAGUACAGAAGAUUGACCAAGAAACAGACGGUGGGAUUGAAACAUCUGGGUCUGAUUUUGAGUUAUGUCAGCGGAGAUGAGAAGGGUCUGGUGGUGAAGGCGGAGAAGACCAGUGAGCAGAACAAGGCUAAAGCUUACAUUCAUUGGGUGGCAAAGCCGGUGGAGAUUGAAACCAGACUCUAUGAGAGAUUGUAAGUUCAUUUUGAGAUGUGUGGAUAUUGGUUUAGGUCGGCGAACACUGAUUUGAUAAUUUGACAGUUUUUGGGAAGAUUGAAGGGAGUUUUUGGUCUUUUUGCGACUGACUUUUUGAGCCACAAUAUUUUUUGAGUGUAGAUUGAGAAAAUUCGGGAUUUUUUUUUGACCCUUCAAGCUUCUUUUUUUGGUUGUCCAGAAAGUUCGUUCGUUUUUUUCAUUGCUUUGUUUUACGAAGAUUGUUUGUUGUUUGGCAAAGGGUUUAUAUUUAUUUGAUACAGCCAGUUUUGUAGAGGAGAAAAAGCUGUAUCAAAUAAUUAUAUUUUAUAUUCCCUUUGCCAAAGAACAAACAAUCCUUGUAAAACAAAGCAAUGAAAAAACGAACGAACUUUGUGGACGACCUACAGUGAGGGACCUGAUCCAAUGGCAAAAAACGUCUCAUUUUGCAUCCCGAAAGGGACCAAAAUGACUCCAAACCCUUCCCUUCUCUAUGCUAAAAAGCUCCGCUUUGAAAAGCGCGCCCUUUCCUUCAAGGCGGGCUCUUCAAAGCGGGGUUUUUUAGCUUAGAGAAGAGAAGGGUUUGGAGACAUUCUGGUCCCUUCCGGGAUGCAAAAUGGUACGUUUUUUGCGACUGGAUCAGGUCUCCCACUGUAAUAUUAGAAAUAAUAGCGCUGGGUUUUAGACCAGUUAUAAAAAAUUUUCUUUUUUUGAUUCAAUUUUCUUCCAGAUUCAAACAUCGCAACCCCUCGGACAAAACCGAAGUCCCCGGCGGAUUCCUCAGCGACAUUGCCGACAACACCCUCACCAUCUACCACAACUCUGUGAUCGACCAAAAAGUCGCCCAGUCCGUCACGAAGGACACUCGUUUCCAGUUCGAACGUGUCGGAUACUUUGCCCUGGACCCUGACACAACUCCAAAUCAUCAAGUCUGGAACCGGAUUGUCCCAUUGAAGGAAGACAGUGGAAAAAAUUGA